GCUUUGGAAUUAAGACAGCGAAGGAUUUGGUAAAGUGCAAAAGUGGCAAGAUAAACACACAGUGAAAGACACAAGUUCUCGUCCGUAAAAGCAUUGGCUUCCAAUACGGUUUGAUUUGAUAACAGAACGGUAACUGGUUCUUCUUUGUACUUCUCCAAACAAAUUUUAAUUUACUGAAACAGAAACAGCCCUUCCAAAAUCAAAUUCUUGUGGAAAAAAUAAACAUGACCCACCUGAAACGUCAAGACAGUUUGACGUGGACAGAAAGUUGGGAAUGGCCAAUGCGAGCGUGAGCGCGAGUGGUGACAGGGCCUUCACAUAAAUAUUGUCACACGUCACAUAUGAGAUCCUCAUCCAACUCCUCGUAAAUUCAAACCGGUGUAAAUGUACCUGAUCCCAGUGCCCUGGCCUACUCCCACUCUCCAGGUCUGUUUCAUUCAGUCCAUCGAUUUAUAAAGGGAUCCUGGAUGUACAGCUGCACUCAAUGAAUCGCCUUCGCUUUCUGCACAGGCUUUCGGCGAAUCUUUAGAGCACCGACGAGAGGAUAGAAGGGGGAAAGGCUUUUUGUGAUUUGCUUCAAUGAAAUUUACUUGGUAGAGGAAACUCUGCAGCCGACCAUGGGCCCACAAGGGACGGCAUCGGUAAGCUCCCGGCACGUGGGAGUGUAUCUUGCCGUCGCAAUUUGUCCUUUUGGUGUGCUUGCAACGGACAUGCUCCUGCUCCAAUGAGAAGUGUUCAGUCGAGGAAGCGGUAUGGAUAGCUUUGCUUAUGCGGGGGAAAUUUCUCGUCUGCAACGAAAAUUAAUGAAAAUAGAGGAACUUUAGCUGCACUGAAGAGUAAUUUAUUCUAGGCCCAGUUCUUUGUAAAUGCUCUGCAACAAAGCUGAAGUUUUUGAUUCUGUGAUGUACGGCUUGCCUAAUACAGGGGCUAUGGUGGAUGGAAGCCUUGCUGGCAAGCAUUCUCAAAGACGACAACGAAGAUGCCAUUUUGCGCAUCAAUUGAUUCCACGUGAUGAAUUCCAAAAUGAAAAACCAAUUGAUUCAGAGGUUAGUGAACCUGAUGUUGAAUUGAAGCGAAGCAAGGAUAUCAGCGGGGAUAUUCAUUGCUAUCGUCAUCAACUUGAAGAUGAUGUUCAGGGACUGCAGAAGCAACUGCAAGAAGAGAUUGAUUUACAUGCCACACUGGAAUCUGCCAUUGCACAGAAGGCUGGAGCUUUAUCUAGUUUGCCUUGUGAUCUACCAAUUGAUGCUCAAGAAUUACUAGCCAGUAUUGCCCUGUUGGAAGUUACCAUUUCAAAACUUGAGGAAGAAACAUUUGCUCUGCACCUCCAAUUAAGCCAGGAACGCAACGAACGCCGUCUGGUAGAGUACAGGUUGAAGCAGUCAUCGUCAUCAUCAUCAUCAUCAUCAAUAUCACCGCCCUCUUCAGACGAGUUGAAAAAUCAGCAUCCAUCUUCCUUGGGCUGUUCAUCAGAUGACAAUUUCUUAUUACAACAUUCAUCCGAUUAUCGUUCUUUUCUUGAGUCUUCAAGUUCAGAACCAAGUGCAGGUGCUAUUAAAGAGAAAACAGGAGAGUCAAGGAGAGCACGGAAGAAUUUAUUACGGAGUAAUGGAUUAUGUAAAUCUACAGUGCAGCACACUAAUCAAGAAGCAAGCAUGAAAGACCUCUGGAAAAAUCCAAACCAACUUUCUGAACAAAUGGUCCGAUGUAUGAAAGACAUUUUUAUUCAUCUCACAGACCCUGUAAUGGUUUCUUCUAAGUGUUCACCCACUGCAAGAAUUCAUUCACCAAGAUCUCCAUUAGGAGUUAAUGCUGCUUCCUCCCUAUCAUCAUUCUCAGAGUCAUCAUCUGUUUUGUCAUUUGCAAAAAGUCCACCAGGGGAUUUUCAUAUCAAGGAGGAAGUCUUGGGGACAGAAAAUAGUUUUGAUCCUUACAGCACACAUGGGAAGCUGAAUUGGGCAGACAUUGGAAGAUAUAGCUUAGUAAAGGAGGUUUCAUGGAUGUCUGUGGGCAAACAACAACUUGAAUAUGCUGCUGGCGUUCUACGCAAAUUCAGAUUGUUAGUUGAACAAUUAGCAAAAGUUGAUCCGGGCUGCAUGACUUACGACGAGAAACUUGCAUUCUGGAUCAAUAUCUACAAUGCUUUGAUGAUGCAUGCUUAUCUUGCUUAUGGAGUUCCAAGAAAUGGAUUGAAGCUUUUCUCACUCAUGCAGAAGGCAGCAUACACAGUAGGGGGCUAUUCUUUCAAUGCAGUGGACAUUGAGCAUGUAAUAUUGAAAAUGAAACCUCCUAUGCACCGCCCACAGAUUGCCUUGCUUUUGGCACUUCACAAGUGCAAAAUCUCAGAAGAACAUAGUAAAUAUGUAAUUGAGCACUCGGAGCCCCUUGUUAUGUUUGCUCUGAGCUGUGGAGUUUAUUCUUCUCCGGCGGCAGGUACAAGAACCCCAUGAAUGGUUUUAUAUGGAGGUGAUUGGAUUUGGGAAGACAUUCAAAUGCCUGCUGCUAUGGGUGGACCACAGGAGCAUGGUUCAUGUACAGAGCAUAUGGUUGUUGAUGGAAUAGGUGUAGAUUUAAGUGCAAAGCAAUGUGAACAUGAUGCAAACAAUAUGGGUGACCUUCAAAAUUGUAAAACAUUCAUUUGACUCUGCUCUUGUUGCUGGCGAUGGAUUAUGAUACAUAUACAUGUAAUAUGAUGAAAAAGAUUGUUGGCUGAUUUUUGAGCCAUUCAUGUAGGGGUAACCUAGUAUGUAUUCUAGGGCAUCAAAUGAUGCAAUUUUCUAUUUUGCUAAGAGCUGAAAGUGUCUAGGCUGAGUUGUAAGAAUGUAUAAUUCAACAAGAUGAAUGUAAGAUCAACGACUCCAUGAUCAGUGGUGUAUUUUUAGAAAAUUUCAUGAGUAAUGUUAUGAAGUAUUCUUAACCACAUUUGCUGGCAUGAUUGUAUUCAGGCCCCAGGGGUAGUGUAGGGCAACACUAUAAAAGGUUGCAAAGCUUUUGUAACUUGUUUUUCCUCAUUGCAAAUAGAAUAUAUCUGAUUGAUAAUGGAUCUUUGACGUAAAUUAAUCAUGUGGGAUUCUUGAUCUGUCAGAUCUACAUGCAUAUGUAGGUCUUGGUCUAUUUUUGGUUCACAUUAGUGCUCUCAGUCUCUCUUGCAGGUAUUGAUUCUGUUGCCCACUAGAGUAGGCACUGGUCUUGAUGGUGAUAUUACAACAAAUAACCGACAUUCAAACAUAUUUUACUUAUCAUGUCCUGUCAAUGAACUCAAGGAACAACUCCCUUGGCCUAGCAUAACCUAAAGUAGAAGAAGAGGUUACACACUCUUAUGCAAUAGCCCAAGUUGUCCUUUGCCUGAUCAUAUGUGCUGCCUGAGUCUUAAGUUGACCUUCCGGAGGCUUGGAUUAGGUGUCAUCAGGGUUUUGAGAGCGUACAGCUCUUGAGAGCCAACACAUUGAGAUUGAGAGAUGCACUUAAUUACCAGGGUUCAUUCUUGGAUUUGCUCUGCUGUCUGCUUGCUCCAUGCAUUCUUGCAACAAUAGAAUUAUUUUGUAAUUUUUCAACAUAUAAUGAAUUAUAUUAAUAAAUUAUUAUUAUCUUGAAUAAGACAAUUCCUUUUCCAGUUUGCCUUCAAGUCUGAGAUAGGGGAAGUCCAUGGAGCUUUGCAUUGAAGUUUGAUCCUCAACCAUGCCUAAGAGAAUCCAUUUUGUUAAAGUCACCUGUGGAUUGAACCUAGCCUUGACAACACCCUGUCCCAACUGCACUGGAACUGAACUGGAUCGAACCCAGCCCUAACUGCACCCAGCCAGAACUGAAUUGUGGUGGGUUCUCUCUGAGAGCAGUUUCUCACCAUCUAGGCUCUGG